AUGGCAGCCACGGGUCAAGGCAGUCACUUGUUUCACGCGCCAACCCCGGAUUCACGGCCUGUUUUCUGUCACCACGCGCGAAACUUCCGACGCCUUUUCAGCGACCACUUCCACCACCCAGAGACCCCCGGGCCGCAUUCUACCGCCGAACACUAUCACCUUAUCACCAGGCCAUCUCUACUCUUCCUGUCUGCAGUAAAGCGACGCCGAUAA